AGGGAUAAAUUGAACGACGGUAUGUCGCGAAGUUUCCUCGUCGACUCGUUAAUCGGCAACAACUCGCCGCCCGCCUACCCUUUACCGUAUUACGGCAACCAAUUGCCGAGUUAUAUGUUCAACUUCUUCAACCUGGGGUUGGGCUAUCAACCGAUAAGGCCAGUGCCGAGGCCACCAGCAAUGCCUGUCCCGCUCCCGAUCAGCCCGCCCGCUUUGGCCAAUCUACGUCCGAUACCCGGCCAGAGCCCACCGUCCCCUUUGAACACCUCUGCGAGCAGACUCUCGGACGUUUCAGCGGCAGGAGAAUCGCCGUCGCGCAACAGCACCCCGACGCCGCCUCCCAAGUCACCCAGUUCCAUCAAUAACAGCUCGAAGAGGAUUCGAACAGCGUUCACGAGUACCCAAUUGUUGGAACUGGAGCGGGAAUUCGCUUCCAACAUGUAUCUGUCGCGGCUCAGGAGAAUAGAGAUCGCUACCAAUCUGAGACUGUCGGAGAAGCAAGUGAAGAUCUGGUUCCAGAAUCGUAGGGUCAAGUACAAGAAGGAGGAUCUUCCUUCGGGCCAGAGUCAGAAAUGCUGUUGUCUUCGAACGUGCGGCAAGAGGAAGGAGGGGUGCGGCGAGGAUGGGGUCGCGAGUCGGAAAUGCGGGCAGGAUGAGGAGAGAUCGGCGACGAAGAACGAGAAAAUUGAGAAAUCCGUGGACGCGGCGAUCGGCCAAGUGGAAGAAACGUCGAGGAUGGCGGCGGAUCGUUCGAUCCCAUCUUUGCCAACCGACAACUCGAAACGAUUGCUACGGGAAACGGAGGAGAGAUCGAACGUUGUUGGGCUUUCGAUCGGUUACGACGGGGGGAACAACGGUUUGUCGAGAGGGUUGAAGAGGAACUUGGACGCGGAGGAAACGGAGGACAAGAAGAGACGGAUCGAUGGAUCGCUUUAUCAAAACUCGACGAUUCAAGACACCGUUGUCGCGCCUGUGUUCAGGGGUGUAGGAUGCACGAAGCACACCGUGGAGAGGAUCGUUAAUUCGUAGGAGAUAAGAUUGGAAUGGAAGGGGAGAAGGAUUCGCGUCUUUUAUUCGUUAUUGCGAUCUACGUAAGUCUUGUAAAUAUUGUA